CCUCCUGGUCUGCCUCACUGCUCGUAUCUCUCAACAAUCCUGACCCAGAGCUAAAGAUGUCCUGGACGGCUGCGACCCUCCUGGCUCUCCUCGCUGUGCUUCUUGCACUUUUCUUGUCUCCAGAGGCCGAAUCUGCAGCUGUGCCCAGCAGCACAGGCAGCGCUAAAGACCCACAAGGUCCGCUGAAGAGGAUCUUCAUGAAGGAGGCCGAUGCCUCAAACUUCUUCAGGCGGCGCAGCAGACGGGGCGUGAAGUCUCAGGAUGAGAUUAACGCUGAGCAGAGGCAGAUUCUGGCUGCAGAUGAACGAAAGAGAGAGUUUCACGAGGAGAAGAGGAACGAGUUUGAGAGCUAUGCUGAAGAGGAGCACGAUGAACAAGACGAGAGGACCAGAGAGAGCACCGAGCAGUGGAGGGAGUUUCACUACGACGGGAUGCAUCCUCCCCAAGAGUACAACCGUCACUCCAUCUGAGACUGAGAGGAGGGAGGUGAAGCCGCAGGCUGACUGUGAAGAAACACAAAGAGGCUUUUCUCCGUAGACCUUGACAGUCAUGCAGAAGACACGUCAGCCACAGAAUGAUGACUGCUUUUAACCUCAUGUUGCUGACACUGGCUUUAUUUGUUUGGACUGCCACAGAUCCCACAACUGUUUGUGUAAAAGUAAUACUAAUUGCAAAAGUUUCUCAAAUUCUUUUUCAUCAAAAUCUUCAUCUUUUCUUAUUAAAACUCAAAAUGUAGGAAGGAAUUGAGAGGUCAGCCUUUCCCUGUGCCACAAACUGGGCCUGCUCAUUUAAUGAAUGUGACAAAAUACAGAAAUAACUCAAAAACAUUGUUACUACACAGAAUAAGAAAAUAACUUAUGCUUUAUGAGUUAUUAGGCCAUGGAAGAACAAAAUAUAUAUCCUUUACUUUUAGGACUGCAGCUAACAAAAAACUACUGAAA